UAAAGCCAUCCCCCGCUGCCAUUCUGUCUCAUUGAUUUAGGCUACUCUCUGUUGAAAACUGAAUGACAGAACAGGAUGCAGCAGUGCUUCUUCUGUAUUAUUCAGUAACUCCCACAACUGCCAGAGAAGCAAUCUCUCCUGUCAAAAAUCAAUCCAGGAUUCUGGAUUAGUGAUUUACUGGUGUGAAAUAUUUACAACUGCACUUAAAUGCUCCUGGAGUAAAGGAGCUGAUGUGGACCCAGACUCAGAACAAUCCCCUACAACACCGCUGCAACGGGGGAGACACUAGAUGGAGUGCCUAAAAGGCCGUCUUUUGUUUUGUAUUGGUCUGUCAGCUGGACCAGAGCUGGAGCCAUUCAUGCUUGUUGGCCCCGAGUGAAAAAAGAAAGAGAAGAUAAAGAGGAGACCCCCCCCCUUCUCCUAACACUCUCUUUAUUUGUUCUGUCAUGUCUCUCUCUUUCUCUCCUCGUCUCCCUCUUUCUGUCUUGUUUGACCCACAUAGCUAGUUUGCACAGCAGUCUGACUGUGGCCCUGUUUGUCUCUUACCUCCCCGUGUUAAAGCCUUUGGCACUUUGUCUUAGCGCUGGAUUAAUGCUGAACUGGACAAGGCACUACCCCUCCCUCAACAACACACACAAACACACCCCGUCUCUCUUGAGUAGCUCUACACACUCAUCUCUUGUUCUGCCCCCCCAUGUUUCUCUUUCUUCUUCCUUCUGGCGAAUCUUUUCACUGAGGUGGGGAGAAAAGGGGAGAGAGUGAAAGAGUGCAAUCCAGACACUCCAAGCCCUGCAUGCUCAGACAGGCAGGCCAAUAUUCCCCCAGCAGAUUCCUGGCAUGCCAUAGUAACCUGCUGGAUCCUCUUUCAAACCGUCAGACCCCUUCAGAGUAGAGGAUGUCCGCAGAUGCAUUUGGAGCCGGGGGCAGCGAUGCCCAGCAAACCCUGCAGUCCUUCUGGCCUCGUGUCAUGGAGGAGAUCAGGAACCUGACUGUGAAGGAUUUCCGCGUGCAGGAGCUGCCUCUUGCUCGAAUCAAGAAAAUCAUGAAGCUGGAUGAGGAUGUCAAGAUGAUCAGUGCAGAGGCUCCGGUCCUGUUUGCCAAGGCAGCUCAGAUCUUCAUCACAGAGCUCACCCUCAGAGCAUGGAUCCACACCGAGGACAAUAAGAGACGCACGCUACAGAGGAACGACAUCGCUAUGGCAAUAACAAAGUUUGACCAGUUUGACUUCCUGAUCGACAUUGUGCCGCGGGAUGACCUGAAGCCGCCUAAACGACAGGAGGAGAUGCGCCAGUCGGUUGCCCCAGCAGAGCCAGUGCAGUACUACUUCACUUUGGCCCAGCAGCCUGGAGCUGUACAGGUGCAGGGCACACAACAGGGCCAGCAGCCAGGUGCACAAACAGCCACGACCAUCCAGCCUGGACAGAUCAUCAUCGCUCAGUCACAGCAAGGACAGAUGCUGCAAGGUGCCACCAUGCAGCAGUUACAGCAAGUGCAGGUGCAGUCACAGGGCACACCCAUCACGAGUGCACCUGUGGCCAUGCAGGUGAGUGAGGGCCAGCAGGUACAGAUUGUCCAAGCUGCCCAGGGUCAAGCCCAGACAGCUCAACCCCAAGGCCAGACCAUGCAGGUCAUGCAGCAGAUCAUCACCAACACAGGAGAGAUCCAGCAAAUCCCGGUGCAGCUAAACACGGGCCAGCUACAAUACAUCCGUCUAGCUCAGCCUGUGUCUGGAGCACAAGUGGUCCAAGGACAGAUUCAGACUCUUGCCAACACCCAGCAGAUCACACAGGCAGAGGUACAGCAAGGACAGCAGCAGUUCAACCAGUUUACUGAUGGACAGCAGUUGUAUCAGAUCCAGCAGGUGACAAUGCCAGCAGGACAGGAGCUGACCCAACCGAUGUUCAUUCAGUCCACAAACCAGACAGCUGACGCACAGGUCACGCAGGUCAGCACUGAAUGAGCCCAACCAGGAACCUUUUUCUCCACACACACAACACGCAUACCAGCCCAUGUGAUGCCGACAGAUGCCACCGACUUCGUCAAGGGACUCUUGAUAAACUUGAUUUCAAGCACUGCUCAUGUAGAUGGGGCACCUGAAAUCUUGUGAUAAAUUUAGUGCACUGGUUAAAAAAAAGGGACACUGAUUGACUCUAAAAAUUACACGUUAAGUUGCAUCCAUGCUUUGAACUUUCUGUACUUGUUACCCACAUCCACAGUGAAUAUAUGCAUCAACUGCCGCAGUCCCUGACACCAGUGUCUCCACAGACCAACUCUGUUUAUCAUCUCAUGUUUGAGCCUGAAACAUUUUUCAAACAUUAAGUUUGCUUUGUUCCUGUUGCCUUCCUUUCUGCUCUGUGUUUGGUAAUGAAUUGGAAAAGUGUUUGUCUCUCUACAUGACCUGCUCCUGGCAUAUCUGUGGCUCAAAGUGGCCAUGGGAUUCUUCACCUCCUGCUUUCUUUCUGGAAAAAUACAAAUCAUUCUCUCUUUAGUGUUUUCCAUGUAGUUUGACAGAUGAAAUGAAGCCAUAUACCUCAGAUAUCACUUUUUACAGCAAGUCAGUCAAAGAGAUUUUGAAAAGAGGUUAUAAGGUUCAGUGAAAAAUUCAUGUAUUUUCUCUUUUGUGUUGUGUUCCACAUUGACGACGAAGCAUGACUUUUUGUUUUAAGGGCUUCACACUGUAUAGGUUAACUGUGUGUGUGAGGGUGUGUGUGUUUGUAUUUCAAGCACACACCCCACAGUCAUCUUUACUAUUCCUUUCAUUUACUCUUCUUCACAACGCAGUCUUUAGAGCAGGGAAUCUCUUCUCUGCUUCUAUGCAGUUUUACACAUCCCUCUCUACUCGGGUGGAGUCUUGUGCCCUGGUUUAUGUCUCAUGUACAAACACAUGACUCCAUCUGGAGCAUAAAACAAAACACCCUUUUUAUAGAACUCUCCUUAUUCCCCAAUACAAGUGUUUUUCCUCUGGUUUUGAGAUGUUUUGCCUCAUAUCUUCCCCCUCAUUUUUUGUACAGUAAUGAUUAUUAUCAAUGUUGUUAUUGUUGUUUUUGCAUGUAGUUUAAACUGCCAGCAUGACAUGCAAUAGAUAGGUACAAUUUUAUUUUCGACGUUCCUUUUUGUAAACAAACUUUGUUUGUGAGAAAAAAAAUUAAAAAAGAUAACUUGUCUAAGA